CGACUGGUUGAAAACCAAAACCUUAUCUCUCUCUCUCAAAAUAAACGAGAGUAACGCUUUGGGGAAACAAGAAAGUAACAGAAAAAACGGCCGUUCUUGAGAUGGCUGUGUCAUCCACUGCGGCAACUGCCUGUAUUUCCCGCCGAGAUCCAGUCGGAUUCCAUUCUUCGACGCCUAAACCAGUUACUUUCUGGUCACCUUCAGCUCGCUUUCCUACCAAGCCACGAAGAUGUCUGAUCCGAAGCUCCAGCGAUGCGUCGCCCGAGGCCGAAACUGCCACAGAAACGGAAUCAGAAGAGAGUUCCGUUGAAGCUUCCAAGGUGCCUUAUUCUUUGAUAUCUGCUCUCAAUGUCGAAAGGGUUCUUCGUGGCAUAGCCAUCACAGAUGCCGAUCACUAUGGUAGACUCGGUCUUCAAAGAGGAUGCCCUUAUGACCAGGUUGCAAUUGCAUAUAAAGCGAAGAGUGAAGAACUGAUGAACCAAGGAUUGGAUGAAGAAGAACUAGGCAAGAAGCUUGAACUCUUGAAGGAAUCCUACUUAAUUCUGUCCUCCGAAGAGGAAAGAAGGUUAUAUGACUGGAGCUUGGCAAGGAGCGAGAAGCCAGAGAGAUAUGUCUGGCCUUUUGAAGUUGAUAUAACCCAAACACCCACACAGCCUCCUCCUCCACAGGAACCUGAAGAUGUGGGGCCCACAAGGGUUGUGGGCUACUUUCUUUUGGGUUGGUUAAUAUUAUCCUUUACCUUAUCCAUUGCUCUUAAUCGGUGAAGGCUUUCUUCAUUUUAGUUAAACCAUAUUAUGUAAUCACCAUAUUUGUGUUAUGAUAAGAAAAACCCAAAAAAAAUUGUUAUGAUAAGGAGGAGAAAAGUCGAAAACUUCUUCA